UCACACCUCUCACACCAUAUUCAUCAGCAUAUAAUAUGCAUUCAUACAGUAAAUGACACUAUUUUUCUUUUCAUUAAUAGUACUGAGUAAGGUAAGCAUCACUGCAACUAUUUCAUACUUAGCUUUGAACAAACAAAAGACAUCUAAUGGACCAAAGCAUGAUUAAGACUUGAUAAUGGUCUCGUUUGACUUGGGCCAGUGAGCAACCAUUCAGAACUUCAUAACAACAUACUUAAACACUUAAAUCACCUACAUAUGGAUAAUAAUGUGCUAACAGGUUCAAAACAAUUUUUAGGAAUGUGGUUAAAAAUAGUUACUUUAGCAUUAAAACAUUAGCAUUAUGCAUUAAAACAUUAGCAUUAUGGUGGCAGCUUUUGCAUGGAUAAGCACCACUCACAUUUUCCAUACAAAUUGUAAAAAUCUAGUUAAUGUUUAGCUUUAGAGGUGAAAUAUAAUGUUUAGAGUUAUAAAGACUUAAUUUUGUGGUGGGGUUGGGAAAUCUACCUCUCCUGAAACUUUGGUCUGUAUAUGCUAGGUUUCAAACAGAAAAUUCAGUCAGAAUUUCACAAACGUAUGUGGAGAAACUGUGGGAAUAAAUGGGUUAAUUAGAGUUAAGUAUACCAAGUUGCUUUAACAAACUUAAACGCCCUGAGAACUGUUUACUAUGUCGUCUUUAAACCUUGUCAAACUGUUGACUUAAGCGCAGCUGACUGUCCUGAUAUCACACUCAUCCAUGAGGACUUAAGGACUGAGGACACACUUUUGCAGCUCUUUUAUUGUUCAAGAUCAGGGUAAAAUUGAAGAUGGAAGAAAAACUUCCAAAUGAAAAAGUUAAAUAUUUGCUUGCUCCAUGGAGGUUUUCCUUCAGGGCACCUGGAUUUGAAAAUAGACUAGUGGCAGCUCUACAACUGUUUGAGCGUUUCCCUUUAGAUAUAGCUGUGACCGGAGGAACCCAGGAGGCUAACGCUCAUUUGGCUUCUGCAAUCUGUGGGCCGGAUGAGGAAAUUGAAGAGGAGGAAUGGGAAACUGAUGAUGAAGAUGAUGAGGAAGGAGAAACAGAUGAGGACGAAGCAGAAGACUGGGAAGAAAGUGAAAGUGUAGAUGAGGAACAUAGUAUAAAGUCUAAGUUAAAUACUAACCACCAGAGCAGCAGGAGGAAACAUGUACGGAUAUCGGAUCAUACAGAAUUUAUAGGGAGUGGCAAUCCUGAUUUCGACUCUGUGAUUUUACACCGUCAAAUCCCAAAUGUUCGUGUAUGGACCGUGCAGGGCCACCCGUCUUCAAACUCCAUUAUUAAGCAGACCAACCAGCAGUAUGACUCCACAUGCUACGAUGUUCUGGUGGUUCUCACUACAAAACAACACAAGGAGGACCACAUGUGGCUCAAAAUGGAACUGCAUGACAGAGGUCAGUCUUUUUUUCUGGUUCAAGCUGAGCGGGACUGGGAUGUGGUAGAGGAGAAGCCUACAGGGCCAUGCAUGACCUGCGCCUGGGAACGAAUGAGAGCUCGCACACUGGAGUUGCAGAAGAGAAGUAAAGAAGCAUUUGGAGAGAUGGCUGAUUCAACAGAUAGUCCUUCUGACACCUCUCAAGAUCCAGAGUUAGUGAAGAUGAAGGAUAUUGCCAAGGUGCUUGCUGAAGCCCUGCCUGAGCUUCAUAAGAAAGCUUUUAGUCAGUUUUUAGUGGCGAUUACAAAGGAACUUCGGGUUCCUAAAUUACUGACUGAUGACACACAGUUUGUAGUUUCUACUGCUUUGAAGUCCAGGAAGAUAAACAAGGAUGAUCUUGACCAGAUCUCCAAGCUCUCACAGCCGAGAGAUCUCACGGACAAUCCCUCCAAGCUUCAGGCAAUCCUUGCAGCUCUCGAUCACUUCCGUCUGGAUAUUGGUGUGCUGGGUGAGACGGGUUGUGGCAGCUCCAGCCUUGUCAAUGCCCUCUUGGGCCUGAAGAAUGGCGAUGAACGAGCUGCCUCAACUGGUGUCAUUGAAAUCACCAAAGAGGCUAUGGAGUAUCCCUACCCUGAAUCCCCCAAUGUCCGUCUUUGGGACCUCCCUGGGCUUGGAAAAAUAAGUAAUCUUGACAGCCUUUCCUCUGCAUCCAGCUCUUCUGAAGCUCAAUGUGUAGCAUCUGUUCUUACUUUGUGUGAUGUAUACAUACUGGUGUCUCCUUUAAGGCUUAGAUUGGGAGCCUUACAGUUGUUGCAACAGGCGUCCUCCUUGGGGAAAGAGUGUUACCUGGUGGUUUCCAUGGCGGACUUGAUUGACGAAAAGUCUGUCGCGGAGGUGAGGCAAUGGACUGAGGGAGUCUUGGGUAAACUGGGUCUCCAGAAGAGCUUGUUUCUGGUGUCCGCUCACCAUCCAGAAACCUUAGACUUACCCAAGCUAAAAGAGACCUUGAAUUUAGCCUUUCCAAGUCAUAAGAAAGUUGCUCUUGCCAGAUAUGUAUCAAAGCAACUGGACGGAGAUGUUUUCUGGAAAAGAUCGGAUUCUUGCAAAUCCAUGUAAAUAAAUAGUUCUUA